AUGUACGCCGGUAUUGACAUUGGUACCUCGGGCAUCAAGAUUGCCUUGAUGAGGAGUGACGGGCAAAUCGCCGACAGUGCCUCUGCUCCCCUGACGGUGUCCAGCCCGCACCCGCUGUGGAAUGAGCAGGACCCUGCCUCGUGGUGGACGGCCAUCAAUAGCGCCAUGGACGAGCUCCAGAGGCGCCAGGACAUGAGCAGCGUCCGCGCGGUUGGCCUGUCUGGUCAGAUGCACGGGGCCACGCUCCUCGACAAGAACCACAAGGUGCUGCGCCCGUGCAUCCUCUGGUGCGAUGGCCGCUGCUACCGCGAGUGCGAGGAGCUCGAGAAGGCAGUGCCCACGUCGCGCGACAUCACCGGCAACCUGAUGAUGCCCGGCUUUACGGCGGGCAAGCUCCUGUGGGUCAAGAAGCACGAGCCGGAGAUCUUCGCCAAGGUGGACAAAGUGCUGCUCCCGAAAGACUACGUCCGCUUCCUCAUGACUGGCGACUUUGCCUCUGAGAUGUCGGACGCUUCCGGGUCCAUGUGGAUGGACACAGGCAAGCGCGACUGGAAUGAUGACAUUCUGCGCGCGACCGGGCUCAGCCGCGCCAAUAUGCCGAAACUGUAUGAGGGGUCGGAGAUUACCGGCAAGCUGUCGGCGGACGUCGCGAAGCGCUGGAACAUGAACUGCGUGCCGGUGGUGGGCGGUGGCGGCGACAAUGAAGCCGGUGCUGUCGGUGCCGGUCUCUUCAAGCCGGGCCAGGCGAUGCUCUCCCUCGGAACGUCGGGCGUGUACUUCGUCGUCUCUGACGGCUUCCACUACAACACGAAGGAGGCGGUCCACAGCUUCUGCCACGCGCUUCCGAAGCGCUGGCACCUGAUGUCGGUCAUCCUCAGCUGCGCCAUAUGCCUGGAGUGGGCUGCGAAGUUGACAGGGUGCAGGAGCGUCGACGAAUUCGUGAGCGACGCGACGAAGGCAAAGAACUUCGAUGAGCGUCCCGCGUACUUCCUGCCCUACCUCGCCGGCGAGCGCACACCGCACAACAACCCGAACGCGAAGGGCGUUUUCUUUGGCCUCACCUCUCACCACGGCCGCCCAGAGCUGGCGCGCGCGGUGCUCGAAGGCGUGAGCUUUGCCAUGGCUCAGGGCAUGGACGCCGUGCACCGCUGCGGUGUGGAGCCGAGCAACAUUGCCCUCAUCGGUGGCGGCUCGCGCAGCCGCUUCUGGCGCCAGAUGCUGGCUGAUGUCAGCGGCUACCCGAUGGACUACUGCGUUGGCUCGGAGGUGGGCCCUGCUCUGGGCGCCUGCCGCCUCGCACAGAUCGCCAUAGAGACGCGCCCUCUGGAGGAACUUCUGCCUUGCCUGCCGCUGAAGGAGACCCACACGCCCGACAUGAAGAAGCACGAGCAGUACAAGAAGCGCCGCGUGAUCUACGACGAGCUGUACAGGCAGCUGAAGCUCAUCAUGAACGCCAAGCUGUAA